GGCCAGGCGGGGACCCCGCUCGCUCGCCCGCCCCGAUGGUGCCGCGCUGCCCGGCCAGGGCCGUUCCCGGCAGCCGCAGCCUGGCGUGAGCCCGCGGCUGGUGAGCGCCCGGCGGGCCCGGAGCAGGAGCGGGAUGGCCGGAGCCCGCGGCUGGCGCUAGGGGCUCGGGUCCUAUUGCACCAGCCCCCCCCCCUCCUCCACCCCCCCGUCUCCAGCAUCCUCCCCGCGGGCGGCGCCCCGGAGCCGCGGGGGGUGCGGCCGCCCCUGCCCUUUGUGCGCCGGCGAGGGGCGCACGGAGCCGGGCUCCCCGGGGUGGGACCCACCGGCGCCCGCUGCUGCUGCAGCCCAUCCCCCGUCCUGGGCCAUGAGCGCCCCCUUCUAGCCGCGGAGCCGCGCGGGUCCCCCCCGGCCAGCCCCCGGGGAAGAUGUCUUCGCGCACCGCCCUGGCGUCUGGCAACGAGCGGAACUCGGACGCGCACUCCACCCUGGCCAGCAGCCGCUCGGAGAAGGGCUCGUCGUGGUCCAGCCGGUCGCUGGGUGCACGCUGCCGGAACUCCAUCGCCUCCUGCACCGACGAGCAGCCCCACAUCGGCAACUACCGACUCCUCAAAACCAUCGGCAAGGGCAACUUCGCCAAGGUCAAGCUGGCCCGGCACAUCCUGACAGGCAGAGAGGUGGCAAUAAAAAUCAUCGACAAGACGCAGCUGAACCCCACGAGCCUCCAGAAGCUCUUCCGGGAAGUGCGGAUCAUGAAGGGCCUGAACCACCCCAACAUCGUGAAGUUGUUUGAGGUGAUAGAGACGGAGAAAACACUCUACCUGGUGAUGGAGUAUGCCAGUGCUGGCGAAGUCUUUGACUACCUCGUGUCACAUGGACGGAUGAAGGAGAAGGAAGCCCGGGCAAAAUUCAGACAGAUCGUCUCGGCCGUGCACUAUUGUCACCAGAAGAACAUCGUGCACCGAGAUCUGAAGGCAGAGAACCUGCUGCUGGACGCCGAUGCCAACAUCAAGAUCGCUGACUUCGGGUUCAGCAACGAGUUCACGCUGGGCUCCAAGCUGGACACGUUCUGCGGGAGCCCCCCCUACGCCGCACCCGAGCUCUUCCAGGGCAAGAAAUACGAUGGGCCUGAGGUCGACAUCUGGAGCCUGGGGGUCAUCCUCUACACCCUGGUCAGCGGCUCGCUGCCCUUCGACGGGCAGAACCUCAAGGAGCUGCGGGAGCGAGUGCUGCGAGGCAAGUACCGCGUCCCCUUCUACAUGUCCACAGACUGCGAGACCAUCCUGCGCCGCUUCCUGGUGCUCAAUCCUGCCAAGCGCUGCACCCUGGAGCAAAUCAUGAAGGACAAAUGGAUCAAUAUCGGCUACGAGGGCGACGAGCUGAAGCCCUACAAGGAGCCUGAGGAGGAUUUUGGGGACACCAAGCGCAUCGAGGUGAUGGUGGGAAUGGGAUACACCCGCGAGGAGAUCAAGGAAGCCCUGAACAGCCAAAAAUACAACGAGGUCACGGCCACCUACCUCCUGCUGGGCAGGAAGAACGAGGUGGAGGGGAGCGAGUCGCACACAGGCAGCAGCCUCUCCCUGGCCCGGGUGCGGGCGCCCAGCGAGGUGUCCAAUGGCACCAGCAAGUCGUCCUCCCAUGGCAAGAGCCAGCGCAGCUCCUCCACCUACCACCGGCAACGGCGGCACAGUGACUUCUGUGGCCCCUCGCCGGUCCCCAUGCACCCCAAGAGGAGCCCCACAAGCACCGGGGAGGCAGAGCUGAAGGAGGAGCGGAUGCCCUCGCGUAAGGCCAGCUGCAGUGUGGUGAGCAGCGGGCGCGGGAUCCCCCCCUCCAGCCCCAUGGUGAGCAGCGCCAACAACCCCAACAAAUCCGAGAUCCCUGACCGGCGCAAGGACAGCACCAUCAACACGAACAACAUCCCGUCGAGCGUGAUGACGCGGAGGAACACGUACGUGUGCACGGAGCGGCCCGGCGCCGACCGCCACUCGCUGCUGCACAACGGCAAGGAGAACAGCUCCAUCGCCAACCGGGUGCCCCCCGCGUCGCCCUCCAGCCACAGCAUCGCCACGUCGUCCUCGGACCGCACCCGCCUCUCGCGUGGCACCACCAUCCGCAGCACCUUCCACGGGGGCCAGGUGCGGGACCGGCGUGGGGCCGUGCAGAACGGGCCGCCCACCUCCCCCACGCUGUCCCACGAGGCCACGCCGCUGCCCCAGAGCCGCAGCCGCGCCACCUCCAACCUCUUCAGCAAACUCACCUCCAAGCUGACGCGGAGGGUCGCAGACGAACCUGAGAGAAUCGGGGGACCUGCGCUCACAAGUUGCAAUUUACCUUGGAAUCAAAAGGAAGCAGAACCCCGGCUGCUCCGAUGUACCUGGAAUGUGAAGGUGACCAGCACCCACCCCCCCGAGGCCAUGAUGGCUGCCCUGCGCCAGGCCACGGACUCGGCCAGCUGCUGCUGCCGCCAGCUGGAGCCCUUCCUCCUGUCCUGCACGCACGCCAAGAGCGCCAGCGAGCACUUCUGCCACUUCGAGGCGGAGGUGUGCCGGCUGCAGCGUCUUGGCCUCACCGGCGUGCUCUUCCGGCGCCUGGCUGGCACCUCGCUGGCCUUCCGCACCGUGGUGACGAGCAUUGCCAGCCAGCUGCAGCUCUAGAGCCCUGGAUGGCUCCCCACGCCCAGCGGCCUGCCCGUCCUCACUGGGGGUGGGGGGUCCCCCCAGGCUCCCUGGCCUGGAGCCAGUGCAGCCCUGGGAUGGAUCUGGCCAGCAGCUCGGCCUGUAGGGGAAAUGCCCCUGACUCCUCUGGCCUGUGAACCCGGCCUGUCCUCUGCUGGGCCUAGGCCUGGGGCCUGCCCUGCUGCUCCUAGGGGCUCACAGGGAGAACAAGGGCACCGGGCACCGUUCCCCUCUGGGGCGAGGGGCUGGGCCUGGCUCUGCUGGGCUGGGGCCAGGCCCAGGGCUGCCCCACACACAGUGGGGCAUGCCCAGCCUAGCACAGGAGGGGGCUCCCCAGGCCAAUUGUGGGGUGUCACUGAGCCACUGGCCCCAGUGUAGUGGGGGCAUUCCCAACGUUGGCAGGUGUUGAGGUGAUAGCAUUGGCAGGGACAGGGCAGGGCCCUCUGGGAGAGGCAGGGUGGGAUGCUCUGGGUGGGGGGGCUCAGGGCACAGUGAGGCACUCCAGGUUUGACAGGCCCCUGUGGGCUGAGGGUAGGGACGGGGGCUCUGGGCUGGGGGUGAUGCAGUAGGGCCGGAGUGAGAAGCGAGACGCUCAGGACAGCAGUGUAGCCCAUGGGCCCACCAUUUCGGCCGCCUCCAGCUCUGGGCCCAGAGGGGAGCCCCAUCUCCCUGGGUGGCCGAGAGGUCACAAGUCUCCCAGUAGCAGGGACGUGGCCCUCAGCACAGGGACAAGGGGCCACCCCCUCUAGGCACAGCAGUGCUGAGCAGGUGCCAGGGCGAGUGCUGGGUCCCCGGGGGUGGUCCCAGCCUAGACCAUGGCAAUGACUCGGGCCCCGGAUGCCCCUUGGGUGGGGGUAGGAUGGUGUUGAUUGAGCUCGGGGGCAGGGGGGGAUGGAGCUGGGAGCUGUGGGGCAAGUGCUCAUCCCUGUUGCCUAGCAGCCCUGCCAGGGCAGCACGAGGGACUGUGCUCCCUCCCUGGGGGCAGCUCUGACCCCAGCCCUGCCUCCCCCCUGCUUGGCUGCCUCAGUUCAGGGCCAGUGGCUGAGAGGGGCCCUGCAGGCAGCCCCUGGAGAGGCUGGACCUCCAGGGGGACUCGGCCCUACUCGGGGCACAGCCCCCUUGGCGGGCAGGGCCCCAGGUGGGCCAUGGUCUCACUGGAGCUGGUACGACCUGGGGCCUGGCACGGCUGCACCUCCCAUGGAUGGGCACGACCUGCCCACACAUGCCCAGGGCUGGGGGGGUCAGCCUGGCCUCAUGCCCUGCUCCUGCGGGGGCUGCUGUGGAGGGGGGGGGUGUUGAUCUGAGGAGCUGGAGGCUGGGAGGAAUAAAGGAGGUUGUAAGCAAGGCAGCAGGGGUCCUGGCCAUGGGGCUGGAGGGUGUGUCUAGGUGGCAGGUGUCCUGGCAAUGGGGGGCACCCCUGGGUGGCAGGCAUCCUGGCUGGGUGGGGGGUCCCAGCUGGGGCCUGUUGACACCUCCCCUCCCCAUUUUUUAAAGAGCAGAGUAAAGCAACAGGCAGCUCCCGGGAAAGCCCUGGUGGGUCUCCCCCCACCCCGGGCUGGGCCCUCCCCUCUUGUACAGCCCCUGUAAAUAGCCCCGGAGUCCCUUUGGGUUGUGUAGAGUACCGAGCCAGCUCGUAGCCUUGGGACAUUUUUAAGUUAUUCCAGCCCUGUGCGCCAGUCUGUAUUGACCCCCAAUAAACAUAGGAAGCCUC